GCAGCUGGGGCGGAGGUCCCCAGGAGCUUCUCCGGGGCAGUGUCCGUGGGCUUCACGCGCCCUAGCGGGCGAGGCUGCGGCCGCGCGGGGGUUAACUAGAGCCCGGCCGACUCAGGAUACGCGGUGACGUCACGGGCGUUGUGCUUUUCCGGGUUACGCAGCCAGGGGCGGGCUGCUCUGAGAGCCAAUCAAGUGCGUCUAUGCAAAUAGCCGCGGAGCCGGAGAGCUCGCGGGUCCGGGGAGAGCUGGCCCCUCCGGGGUCCACCUGCCCGUGCGUCGUGCGACCUUGCCCGCCUCCAGGCCCCCUUCUCCGGUGUCCGCAGGCAGCUCGCCGACCACCCCCGCCACGCGCGGGCCGCGGCGUCCCUCGCAAGACCUGCCCGCCGCCCCAGGGACGCCCGAGCGGCGCCUCCCCGAGGCGGAUGCCUACCCGGGAGAGUCCCAAGACCCGCGGCUAUCAGGGGGACCCGCAGACCCGCCCGCCUGGCCCUGGGCCCCCGCGACGGGUGCCUCCAGCCCAGGAAAGCAGCGCUCCACGCGCUCUGUGCGAGCCUCAGCCAGGAGCCCGCAGGGCAAGACCUAAGAAGAUUGUAUUUGAGGAUGAGCUGCCCUCCCGGGCCCCCUUGGGCACCAAGAAGCCUAUUGAAGCCAUCCCUGGGGGGCAUAUGCCAGGGCCCCACCCAGUGCCCGACUAUGAGCUUAAGUACCCACACGUGAGAAGUGAGAGGGACCGCAGCCGCUAUGCUGCAGUGUUCCAGGACCAAUACCCAGAGUUCUUGGAGCUCCAGCAAGAGGUGGACUCUGCCCGGGCAAAGCUCCAGCAGCUGGAGACCUUGCUGAGCUCACUGCCCAGGCCCCGAAGCCAGAAGGAGGCCCAAGUCGCUGCGCGAGUCUGGAGGGAAUUUGAGAAGAAACAGAUGGACCCCAGCUUCCUGGACAAGCAGGCUCGCUGUCACUACCUGAAGGGCAAACUAAGGCACCUCAAGAUGCAGAUCCAGAAAUUCGAUGAGCAAGGAGACCACGAGGGUUCCGUGUACUUCUGAGCGCCCUGGCGGACAGGCAGAGGGACACAUCGGGGUGGGGGUCCCGCCCUGGCCUUGCUUCUCUUCCUACCUCCCGGCCUUAGCUCCUGCUGCUACCCCUUCCUGGGGCAGCUUUUGCAAAUGCCUCUGCCUUUAAGAGCUAGCUCUGAUGGCCCCUCUUCCAGGAAGCCUUCCCAGAACCUCCUCUGGGACCACAGGCCCUGAGCCCAGAUCUCAGCCCAUCCCCUGGAAGCAGGUCUUUCGUUUCCAUCCCAGCGUAAUAAACAUUUAUUAAAUACC